CCUCCCCCGCCGUGCACGUGCGCAGGAAAGGGAAGGACGUGCCGGAAGAGCAGAUGGCGCUGUAUCAGGGAAGGACCACCUUCCUGGAGGACGGGGUGGCCCAGGGCCGGGCCUCGGUGAGGAUACACAACGUCACCACUUUCGAUAACGGGACGUUCCACUGCCAGUUCAAUGACAGCACCGUGUCUGCGGAGGCCACGCUGUGGCUGAGGGUGGCAGAUCCCGCCUCCAGAUGGUUCCGGUCCACAGCCUGGAAAAUAGCUCUGCCUCUGAUUCUUGUGGCAGCAGUUCUCGGAGUGGCCACAAUCAUCUCCCUGUUGUGGACGCGUCGAAGGGGUAAGAACGGGAAGCUGCUGGAAGAAGAGGGAGCUCGGGGGCAGAGGAGUGGGACCUGCCAUUGCCUGGUGGGCAGGGACCCCAACAGCACAGGCCUGCCCCUCCAGACCAUGGGUGCUCACGCUGAGCCCUGUGCUGACUUUCCCCACGUGCCCCAAAUGCAGUAGGAAGGGAGCGCCCUGUGCAGGCCCAGCCCAUGGGUGGCCCAGUCCCCACAGCCCCAGGAAGCCCCCUCUCUCCAAGAGGCCCUCGGUGAUCCCUCCCCAGGAGGUUUCAGGAAGGCUGGCAGCUCUCCCUCUGGGAAUACAUAGGGCUGGGCCUGGUCCUGAAAGGCUGGGCAGUGGUCACACGAGGCAGCGAGCCGGGCACGUGAGCCUCUGUUGUUGCCGUCGUCAGGACCGUCAGCAGCACUGACCGUCUCCCUCCCCACUGGUCCAGC